AUGCUGCUUCUGCAGGCGUUAAAUCCAGCUUUGGGAUACUACUUGUCAACUCAGACAAAAGUUAGUCCUGUUACGCGUGGAAUUUUGAUAAAUUGGCUUAUCGAAGUUCAUUCCAAAUUUGAUCUGAUGCAUGAGACUCUCUACCUCACAAUGAAUUUAUUGGAUCGCUACCUCUCCCAAGUUCCAGUACAGAAAAAUGAGAUGCAAUUGAUUGGUCUUACUGCGCUCUUACUAGCCUCUAAAUACGAGGACUAUUGGCAUCCUAGGAUCAAAGACUUGAUUAGCAUCUCCGCAGAAACUUACACAAGAGAACAAAUCCUGGGAAUGGAGAGGAUUAUGCUCAAACAGUUAAAGUUCCGUUUGAAUGAAGCGACCCCUUACGUUUUCAUGUUGAGGUUCCUAAAAGCUGCUCAAUCAAACAAGAAGCUUCAACAACUCUCCUUCUACCUAAUAGAGCUGUGCUUGGUUGAGUAUGAAGCUUUGAAGUUCAAGCCUUCGUUGCUCUGCGCAUCAGCCAUCUAUGUAGCACGCUGCACUUUACAUAUGGCUCCAGUUUGGACCGCGCUCCUAAUCAGCCAUACCCACUACAAUGUCUCCCAAAUGAAGGAUUGUUCUGACAUGAUCCUAAGGUUCCAUAAAGCUGCGAAGACAGGAAAACUGAGGGUCACUUAUGACAAGUACAUGAAAUCAGAACGAAGUAACGUCGCAGUCUUGAAACCCUUGGACAAGCUUCCACUCUAAACCAAUCUAACGGGAGAUACAUCUACAUAGGCUCUAGCCAGAUUUUAAAACAAAACUCAGGCUAAUGGUGAUUCUUGAUUAGGUGUAUGUUGUUUUGCUGUGUGCUUCUAAUAUUUCAAAUGAUCACAAAGACAAAACUCCAAUGUAGUGACAAAGUUGUAUAAAGCUUCUGCAAUGACAUUACACUUUUAUGUUU